AUGACAAUAUUAAAAUUUUUACAUACCCCCAUUUUAAAACGUUUGGAUAUUUUUAAAGAUACUAAAGGUAAAUCGGGUGUUUAUUGUUGGAUUAACUUGUUGAAUGGUAAAUACUACAUUGGAAGCGGUGUUGAACUAAAUAAUAGAUUAAACGACUAUUUUCAAGAUUGGUACUAUAAAGAUAGAGCAAAUUUAGUAAUUGUUAGAGCUAUUCUUAAAUAUGGAUUAGGAAAUUUUGCAUUAGUUAUCUUAGAUUUUACUGAAAAUGAAGAUACUUUAUCUAGAGAACAAUAUUGGUUAGAUGAACUUAAACCAGAAUAUAAUAUAUUGAAAACAGCCGGCCGAAGGCCGUCUAAAGGUUUUAAACACUCAACUGAAAGUAUAGAACUAAUCAGACAGAAAGCUUUAGGACGAAAACAUUCAGAAGAAGUAAGAAAAGCAAUGAGCGACAACCGUAAAGGUGAAAAUGGUUCAUUUUUUGGUAAAACUCACUCAGAAGAGACUAAAGCAAACCUAAGAUAUAUUGCUCUUAAUCGAACUAACAAACCUCGACCUGGAAUAGAAGUAGAAGUAUUGGAUUUAAAAACAAAUCAAACAGUAAUAUACGAUUCAAUACGAGAUGCGGUUAAAGGCUUAAAUACUCACCUUAGUACUUUAUUUAGAAGAGAACAAAAAGAUAUUAAAAAACCAUUUAGAGAGCACUACUUUAUAUCUUAUUUACUUUAUAAUAACUAA